GCCCUGCCCCGCCGCCGGCCGCCCGGCCGCGUAGACGGGGCGGCACGGCCGCCUCUGCCCGCGCAGCCGCCGCUCUGCCGGCGGCCGCCAUGGAGGAUGUGGGCUCGGGCGUGAACGCGGACGCGGAGGUGCGGAAGCUCCAGGAGCUGGUGAAGAAGCUAGAGAAGCAGAAUGAACAGCUUCGCAGCCGCCACGGCGCUCUGUCCGCCGCCCCCGCCAGCCCCAAGCGCCUGCCGAGCGCCGGGCCCUCCUCGCCGCCCCCCGCCGCCUCCCCGUCGCCCGACGGCCGCUGUCUCAGCCCGAGAGCCGCUCCCCGGCGCUCGCUCCCCGAGGAGCCCGGCGGUGGCGACGGGGGCAGCGGCGGUAAUGGCCUCCUGGACGACGCGGCGGUGCUCAGGCCAGAGGAGCUGGAGCGGCUGGCCGGUUGCGAUGAGGACGAGACCGGCUGGUUAUAUACAUCUCCAAAGAAGAAGCAAAAUCCAUUGCAAAAAAGUGUCAGUCCAUUAGUUUGGUGCAGACAGGUACUGGAUUACCCAAGUCCUGAUGUUGAAUGUGCUAAGAAGUCACUGAUCCACAAGCUGGAACAAACAAUGUCGGCUCUCAAGAGGCAGAGUUUGUACAGCAGCCCUUUCAGUGCGGUCAGUUACGCGAGCUCCUACAGUCCAAAUACUGGUAGCCCCUACAGCAGUGGCUUCAACUCUCCCUCCUCGACACCGGUGAAAUCUGCUUUAGUGAAACAGCUCAUACCUCCUGGUACCUCAGGUCAUCUUAAAAUUUCAGGAGAUAGAAAUCCUCCACUAAGUCCACAGUCUUCUCUGGACAGUGAAUUAAGUGCAUCGGAGAUGGAUGAAGACUCUAUUGGGUCUAAUUACAAGUUAAAUGAUGUUACAGAUGUGCAAAUUUUAGCAAGAAUGCAGGAGGAAAGCCUGCGGCAAGAGUAUGCAGCCACAGCGUCUCGGCGUAGUUCUGGCUCCUCUUGCAAUUCCACGCGGCGAGGCACGUUCAGCGACCAGGAGCUUGAUGCACAGAGCUUAGAAGAUGAGGAAGAUGGCACACAUCACACAGUGCACCCUGCUGUCAGCAGGUUCUCACCAUCACCUCGCAGUUCUCCCUGGCCUUCACCAAAACAAUCUCCAAGAAAUUCGCCUCGCUCCCGAUCACCUGCUCGAAGCAUAGAGUACAGUAGAGUGUCACCACAGCCUAUGAUCAGCCGUUUACAGCAGCCUCGUCUUUCGCUUCAAGGCCAUCCUACAGACUUGCAAACUAGUAAUGUCAAAAGUGAAGAAAAAUUAAGGCGUAGUCUUCCAAACUUGUCCAGGACAUCUAACAUCCAAGCCGAGUCUGUGAAAAACAGCAGGAGUGACUCAAACUUCCAAGUGCCAAAUGGAGGAAUACCUCGCAUUCAACCUCAAGCCUCAGCCACUCUGCAAAGGCAGAAAAAUUUGCCUCGUGCUGCCUUCAAAACCAAACAGUUUCUUCAAACUCCAUCUACAAAAGGAGUACCUUCUUCAAGUAAAUUCCGCUCGCCUGUGGCACCGUCUCCCUUGGCUCUCCGACAGCCAGUGAAAGCGUUCAGUACUCACGGGCCGGGCUCGGGUGCCUCUCCAGAAGCCGCUCAGCUGACGCACAGUAGUUCUUCACCAGGGCCUCUUGCAGCCCAGAGCUCAGGCUUGCCGAGCCCUGCCAGCAGUAUUAACAGUACUACUCUUACCAGACCAGCAGGGAUGAGGAGUGGUUUGCCCAGACCCAGUGCCCCUUCCACAGGGGGCAUCCCAGUGCCUCGUAGCAAACUUGCACAGCCUGUUCGCAGAUCAUUACCCACUCCCAAGACAUAUGGCAACGUGAAAGAUGAGAGUUGGAAAGAUGGCUGCUACUGAUCUGCGCAGCUUAAUGCAGAGUUCCAGUGCUCAUGGAUACUUCCUCACCAGGCGAAAAGACAGCUUGAUUAAACAAACUGUUCAGAUGUGACUCGGAAUUUGUAAAAAUUCCAAACCUCUCUGUCUCUAAUUAGCACAAACUGGCAGAGAUUAUAAAGCAGCACUUUAAUGACAUCUAACAUCAGAUGUUUGGUGGUCAUACAAUCACUUCUACAUUAAAUUGCUAUCAGUUCUGGGGGCUUUUUUAUUGCUUGCUAAAAAUGUUAUCAAUAUGAGCAUUUAUGAGAGUGGCCAAUGUUGGGGCAAAAAUGAAUGAAUGCCAAAGAAAUGCCCAUCUUGAAAAACAGCAAGGAUAACUAUCAACAUACAUUAUCCAAAAGUUCAUUUUCGGCCUGCUUUAACUCAGCAGAAAGAUUGGUGAAUAUGUACUAUUGAAACAAGGCUACAGGAAUCACAGCUCAUGUUCUGAUUGCAGACUGCUACGGUGCUAGGGAAAUGUUGCUUUUAACAAUUGUAUCAGAUCCCAGCUGGGACUGGAUCUGUCCUUCAGUACUGCAGGAAGAGUCAGCAGUUACUCUGGAGGACUGGGCAGAACAGGGACUCGUAGCCAUGACUUCUGUUGCAUUAAAAGGUUUGAAUGUAGCAGACACACACAAUGCAAUAGUAUAGAUUACAUCUUUCCUAUGUUGAUUUAUUGGCUUUACCCACUCUUACGUUUGAUUGCCAAAAGGGCUUAGUAUCAGUUGUACAAUCUUUCUAACUUUAAAUUCCUGGCUCAGGAAAGAUGGCCUUCAUUAUUGUAGCCACAUUUUUAACACAUGGCUUGCUAUUUGGGAAAAAAAAUUUUUAUAGCAGGUUUCCUUGCAAAAGAAAGAGCAAGUGAUAAUUUUGAUUUAUUCUAAUACCAUACCACUAUACAUGCAGCCUGCAGCAACUGUAAAUGCUGAUAGUUGAGAAGGAAACACAACUAUGCACUUGUAACAUACAAAUUUUAAGGAAAUUAGUUGACUCUUGAUGCCAAAUGAUAUUCAUUUAGGUGAUGUUCCAUGGUAUGAGGGAGUUUUCUGUAUCCUAUUUUUUUACUUUCAUCCAUUUCUUAAAUUGGUUUAUUUUAAAUUGUAAAUAUUUUUACAGAAGAUAUUGCCCAUGUAAGUGUGUUUAAAUAUGUACUUUGCCUUACAUACGUGUAUCUUACAUUACUGGUAACAGAGUAUGAAACCUGCUAUGUCUGUUUACAAGCUAUUAAACUCCUCUGGUGGCUCUGA